UUUAAAUUUUGAUCAAAACGUGCUAAUAUCAAAUAAAUGUGGUGUCAGAUUUCUAAAUAUUUUGUCAACAUGAAAAUGUGCAACAUAUACAUGAUAUAGUGCAUCACAUCUGCUUAAAAGUGGAGUUCUCACGUUCUCACGUUAAGCAUGGUUCUCAUUUGAACCUGUUGGGUUAAUGGACCAAGUAAAAAACCUCAACAGAACCUAUAUAUAUAUACACACAUACACACACACAGAAUUUCAUCUUGUUAAAUAAAUUGCAAUCAAUGUCUUUAGUUUUGGUAACUUAUUUUCACUUAAUGCCUCUCUAAUUUUGGGACAAUUCUCAUUUAAAAAGAAUAACACUGCUACAAAUCCGCGGACGUCUCUAGGCUUUUCUCUAGCCAGUUUUUACCGGCGGCGGCUUAGCUAAUCAGUCUGGAGGGUCUCUACCAAGUAUGGUUAGUCGAGUCUUGUUCGUUGUCUCUCCAGCCUUUAUUUGAUUCGUGCAGGUAAAGACGGGAAGGGGUGUUUUGUUGAAGGAUUGGAUCUCCGAAUUGAGCAGCAAAGUCACAGGACGGUGGGUGAUGAUGAGUGUUCUCGUCAAGGGUGGAAAGCAAGUUCCCUUCGUCCUUGUUCAAUUUGCCGGUGGCCGACCGAAUCGGACAUGGCCAUUAGGGAUCAAGAGGUUAUAGUCUCCUCGCUGGUGUUACUGGUUUCGAUUGGGGUGAUUUCAGGAAUGUCUCAAGAUGAAGGGAUGAUGAUCCGUCCCCCUCCUGAGCCACCGCCGAGGAUGAUGCUUGAAGCAGGAUUUCAGUUGCUAUGUCAGUUUAUUUUAUUAAAUUUCAUUUUACUGUUUUUGAGUUUCUUAGGCAUGAAAACUGUAGUUGUAGUUUUCUACUAUUGCUAUUUCAGUCAGACUCUUACAUUAGGUAGGGGUGAUGAGGAUUAUGCUCUGGCCACGUUGGCUCAUUUAGACCCAUUACAGGACAAUCGAAUCAUAUUACUCUAUCCAGGGUGAUUGGUUCUCCAGCUGGUCCGGGGGUAGGUGGCUGGAAGUGUUUUCUUUAUCGCUCGUAUCCCUUGUUGAAUGUUUUAUUAUCAAUAUAAAGCCUCUAUGUUACAAAAAAAAUUAUAAUCACAGAUACUCUCAUGGAGAUGUCACAUGUUCGAAUACCAUUGCAGUUCAAAGAUGUUGACAUUAAUAUUGAACAUAUACUCGUACUAUAAUAAAUUGGCAAAUACACCAAGAAAAAUCAACCACUGUUGAAGGAAAUUUUAUGUUGUGUGCUAUUGUUUGGACAGAAUAU